AUGAAAUUCCUUUCCUUUGCAAUUGUAUUACUACUUGUUGUAGCUGUUGUUCGUAGUCAUGAAGAAGCCAUUGAAACUGCAACCACCCCAGCCAAAACUACUACUCCACCAAAGGUUUGUCCAAAGAACUAUUCUCUUCCAAAGUGUAUGGGUGAUCAAGUCCUAGUUUAUGAGAAACAGGCAGAUGGAUGUGAAUAUCCACGUUGUUCACCGGGACCACCAACCAAGAAGCCAGUUUGUACUGCACCACCAACUCUUAAGUGUGCUGCCGGACAAAAACAAAUUGUUAAGAAGGACAAGAAUGGUUGUGACACUCAUGAGUGUGUCAAAGCUUAA